AUAUUUUUCCACCCAGCUAAUAUCUGAUGGGUGACUCUGUAUGUGUGUGCCUGUGUGUGUAAGCGUGAGUGUGUGUCUAUCUCUGUGUAUGCGGAACGAUGAUUGUCUUAUUUACACGAUUGUUUUCUCCCCUGCAGUGGGUCGGCUCUCCGUGUGGCUUGCACGGACCGUACAUUUUCUACAAGGCUUUUCAGUUCCACCUUGAAGGCAGACCAAGAAUUUUGUCCCUUGGCGACUUUUUCUUUGUAAGAUGUAAGCCAAAGGAUCCGAUUUGCAUAGCCGAGCUGCAGCUGUUGUGGGAAGAGAGGACUAGCCGACAACUUUUAUCCAGCUCCAAACUUUAUUUCCUCCCAGAAGACACUCCCCAGGGCAGGAAUAGCGACCAUGGCGAGGAUGAAGUUAUUGCAGUUUCCGAAAAGGUAAUUGUGAAGCUUGAAGACCUGGUCAAAUGGGCCCAUUCAGAUUUCUCCAAGUGGAAGUGUGGUCUUCGGGCUGGGCCAGUAAAACUUGAAGAAUUGAGCAAGAAUGGACAAAAGGAAGCUUUGCUCAAAUACAGGCAGUCGACCUUGAACAGCGGACUCAACUUCAAAGAUGUCCUCAAGGAAAAGGCAGACCUUGGUGAGGACGAUGAAGAUUCCAAUGUGAUUGUCCUCAGCUACCCCCAGUACUGUCGCUACCGUUCCAUGCUGAAGCGUAUUCAAGACAAGCCAUCCUCAGUGCUAACAGACCAGUUUGUGUUAGCCCUGGGUGGGAUUGCCGUGGUCAGUAAGAAUCCACAAAUCCUUUACUGUCGGGACACUUUUGACCACCCAACCCUUAUAGAAAAUGAGAGUAUAUGUGAUGAAUUUGCGCCAAAUCUUAAGGGAAGGCCACGCAAAAAGAAACCGUGCCCUCAGAGAAGAGAUUCGGUAAAUGGCGUUAAAGAUUCCAGCAGUAAUUCAGAUGGCAAAAGCAUUGCCAAGGUGAAAUGUGAGGCUAGAUCAGCCUUAGCCAAGCCCAAGAAUAACCACAGCAGCUGUAAAAAGGGCUCCAGUGAGGAGAAAUCAAAGGUCGCCAUUGGGGAAGAAUGCCGGGCAGAGGAGCAGGCCUUCCUAGUGGCCCUUUACAAGUACAUGAAAGAAAGGAAGACACCAAUAGAACGAAUUCCCUAUUUAGGGUUUAAGCAGAUCAACCUUUGGACUAUGUUUCAAGCUGCUCAAAACCUGGGAGGAUAUGAAACAAUAACAGCCCGCCGACAAUGGAAGCAUAUUUAUGAUGAAUUGGGGGGUAAUCCAGGGAGCACGAGUGCAGCUACGUGUACACGCAGACAUUAUGAAAGAUUAAUACUGCCAUAUGAAAGAUUUAUUAAAGGAGAGGAAGAUAAGCCCCUGCCUCCAGUCAAACCUCGAAAACAGGAUAACAGUUCCCAGGAGAGUGAAAGCAAAACAAAAUUAUCUGGAACCAAACGUAUCAAAAGUGAAAAUCCAAAGAACAAAAAAGAAAAAGAUAAUGCUGCGAAGCCCCAGGACACACCCGAGGUCUCAUCGGAGAAAGAGAAGGAGAUGCCGGAUCAGAGAGGUCUGACCGCGCCCGUCGCCACAGCAGAACUGAAGAGACAGAUGGAAGGAAUUCCAGCAGAGGUGCUGGUGUCUGGAGCAGACCCGGAAAAAGGAGACUUGAAGGACCAAGGCUGCAACAAGGAGAAAGCUGAGGAGGCCGAGGCCAAGGAGGAAGAGGAGGCUCCACCUUCCUUCCUUCCUCCGGUGCUUCCCGAGGAAGAGCCGGGCCAGACGCCAAUGGUUGGCAAAGAGUCGCACCCAUCGCCAGAUGUCCUCAGUGACAUGAAGCAAGAGCCCCAGACCUGCAGUUUUACAGAGAACCCUGAAAACGAGCUUCAGGAAACCCCGUUUGGUAGUUUCCCCACCAUGCAGCUGCCUUUGGCAAGCCAGAACGAGAUGGAAGAUGACAAGCUGCCCGUGAUGGCCGAUUACAUCGCCAACUGCACCGUGAAAGUGGACCAGCUCGGUCACGAUGACAUCCAUGAUGCGUUGAAACAAAACCCCAAAGUCCUCGUGGUCCAGUCAUUUGACAUGUUCAAAGAGAAAGAAUUGACGGUGCCCCACGAUGACCCCACAUUUAACUAUACCCCCUUGCUUUACUCGCGGGGUAAUCCAGGCAUCAUGUCUCCUUUGGCAAAGAAAAAACUUCUGUCCCAGGUGAGCGGGGCUAGUUUAUCCAGCAGCUAUCCCUAUGGCUCCCCUCCCCCUUUGAUCAGCAAAAAGAAACUGCCUAGUAGAGAUGAACUGUGUUCGGGUUUGUCCCAGGCUCAUCAUGGUCCCAAUGCGGACCACAUGGCGGUCAGCCGGCCGUCGGUAAUACAGCACGUGCAGAGUUUCAAAAGCAAGACUUCUGAAGAAAGAAAAGUAAUUAAUGAAGUCUUUAAGCAUGACAAAUUAAGUAAGCCAGAUCCCCACCGCUGUAGUUUCUCUAAACAUCACCUUAAUCCACUCACUGAGUCAUAUGGACUGAAAUCAGAUCUCGAGGAGAGCAAAGACAAAGUGAUGGAGAAAAGGGGACUCCAGCAUUCCCACAUGCCCAGCUUUCUGGCAGACUUCUAUUCAUCUCCUCAUCUACACAACCUCUACCGACACACGGAACACCACCUUAAUAAUGAACAGACAUCUAAAUAUCCCCCCCGAGACAUGUAUAGAGAAUCAGAAAACAUUUCCACUUUCCCUUCACAUAAACACCAAGAAAAACUCAAUGUAAAUUAUCACACGUCUUUGCAUCUGCAAGACAAAAAGACAGCAUUGGAAGCCACUUCAGAUGAUCAGCCCACAGAUUUGAGCCUUCCAAAGAGCACGCAUAAGCAGACUGGAAAGGCCCUGGGCCUGGCUCAUUCAUCCGUGGGGCAUCAGGACGGCAAAACUAUCUCACAGUUUCAGGUUAUGAGCAGCCAGACCAAUCGAGACUGUAACCCCAAAGCCUGCCGAGUGUCACCCAUGACCAUGUCGGCCCCCAAAAAAUACAUUGAAUCUCUUCCUAGGUCUGGAAAGCCUCACCAUGUGAGACUGGAAAAUUUAAGGAAGAUGGAGGGGAUGGUUCAUCCAAUGAUACACCGCAAAACAAGCCCCCAGAAUAUUGGCGCAGCACGGCCUUUGAAGAGGAACCUGGAGGAUUUGGAUCUCGUGAUUUCGGGGAAAAAAAUCCGUGCGGUGUCUCCCCUGGAUUCCUCCAAGGAGGCCUCAGCAAAGGACAAGGCCUCGGAGCAGGAUGGCGAAAGCACUAAGCUGACUCACGGCGGGCAUGCCGGGAGCACGUUGGAGAGCCACAAGCUUCCUCUCUCUUCUCCUAUCUUCACAGGGUUGUAUCCAGGAACCCUGUGCUCGGGUCUCAAUUCCCGCGUCCCAGCUGGAUAUUCUCACCCUUUGCAGUACUUGAAAAACCAGACUGUGCUCUCUCCACUAAUGCAACCCCUGGCUUUUCAUUCGCUUGUGAUGCAACGUGGGAUCUUCACAUCCCCGGCAAAUUCUCAGCAGCUCUAUAGACAUUUAGCUGCGGCCACACCUGUGGGAAGUUCCUAUGGAGAGAUUUUGCACAACAGCAUCUAUCCUUUAGCUGCUAUAAACCCUCAGGCGGCCUUCCCAUCUUCCCAGCUGUCAUCUGUACACCCCAGUACAAAAUUGUAAACUUAGCCUUCCAAAGCAUCUAAAUGAAAAUGUCAAUCUCGUAGCUUCACUCCUCACAACGUGAUGACAUCUUGAAGAAGGAGACGUCAGUAUUCCUUCUAAAAACUAGGGUUCAGGAGCCACCCUGGCAAUUGAAUGAAUAGGUCUCUUUGAUUGGGGUAAGGCUAUGCUUUGGCUAGGUCAGUCUAGACCCCCCCUUUCCUAUAUCGAUGACCUCCCCAACCUCCAAAUCAUUUCACUUUGCACACGAGUUUGGUGAAGGGAUUUACAACGUCCAAAAAUGGCUAAAAGAGACCCUCAUCUGCCCUCAGAUUGUUGGGCCUGAGCUAGAAAGGUGGCAAUUCAGAGGAGGGGAAAAGGAAGACUAUGGUGAAUCCACACCAUCAAAGGAUGCCCAUCUUUGGGUCAACUGCUUGACUUUUCAAGGUUAAAUCAAUGCAAUGUAUAGUGGAUCUGCAAUCGAUCUUUCCUUUUGACACUAUUAAGCCUGAAAAGUAAACACUGUUCAAAUGACUGUAUAGACUUGCUUCUUAAAAGGUACCUGUAUUUGUUUGUUCACAUAAUUUAUAUACAGGUAGUUCCAUUUCCCCCUUCCUCCCCAGUUUAUUCUG